AUGUCUGAAGCUGCUGUAUCUUCAGUUGAAGUUACUCGACCAAAAUCUCCAACUAUUUCAUUUAUAAAUUCAAAUAAAGGAAAAUCUUUACUCGUAGCAAAUAACUAUGUUUUCAAAUUGAAUAAAACAACAACUACUACCAAUGAUGGUGCUAUAAGUGCUAUGGAAUACUUAGACGGUUUAUCAUUUACAGUUGCUAAACAGAAAAAAUGA